CUUGCCUUGGGCGCCAGGGUGAGGCGGUGGUGUCCACUGCUAGCUCACUGUGACGAGGCAGGCAAAGCACCUGGCAUGCAGGUGCGCACGUGGGUGGCUCAGGUUCGGGAGUCCACGGGCCCCGCGGCCAGAAACGCACACAGGUGUGGGCGGAACAGACCAGGUGGACGCCCUCGAGGCUCAGCCCGGCCGCGCUGCGUCCUGCGCCUGCGCUGCCACGGGGCCGCUGGAGGCCACGCACAGGUGGGGUCCCGCUUCUCGUGCAGAGGCGGGAUGGAGCCCGGAGAGCAGGCUGCGGGGCUGGGGUCCGCUGCGCAAGAUGAGGCUCCUCCUUCAGAGAUGAGUCAGCCAUCCCCGAGAAAGGUCCUGAGGCACAGCACCCCGCAGGAAGCCACGCCCUGCCUGCACAGGAGGCCACCGGGCUAUGUCCCCUACUGCCCGGGAGGGAGCCCUUUGGCUGAGUCCCCGGUGCCCACAUGCCUCUCCUGGAGCCCCCCGUCCGCCCAGGCAGGGCCCGGCUCCAUGGCCACCCUCCAGAACCUGCAGCUUUCUACCGUGCAGGCCUCUGGGGCAGCCAGCGGGGGGCCAGCAACCGACUCGGACCCCUGGGCUCCCGAGGAAGAUCCGCCCACACCCACUUCUGUCACUUGGAGGCAGCAGCAAGCAGAGUCCGGUGGAGCACGGAGCCAGCCUCCACACUUGAGGUUGCCCGGGCUGCCCAACACCACAAGGAAGAGAAAGAGGGACCCGAAGGAGCUGGUAGCUGUGGCCUCCCCAACCUGCUCUGAGGAGUCACAUGACCCAGGUGUGGAGCAUCUUUGCCCCCCCCCCCCCCCCAGUUCCCGUCUGCUCUCCAAACUCUUGAACAUGCUGCCAUAAAGCCUCCUGGCCUUCUCGGGGUAAAGCUGGUGGGUGUAGGAAGCUGUACGCUCUUUCCUUGUGGCUCAGUGUGCACCUGGAGCCUCCCUCCAUGCUCCCCUGGUCCCCAGGGCCCCAUUCCUGCUGGGACCUCUGCUCCCUGGCCCACAGCAGCUUCACCCUGUCCUCUGAUGCCCUUGUGUUCUAGAAGGUUCUGAGAAGGGUACUGGGGGGCAGCGGCUGACCCCGGCUGUCCAUGUCUUCUGUGACCUGGCCCCUGCAUGCCUCCCAUGUGGUCUGGCUCACUCUCCCGCCCCCACUCUGCUUUCUGAGCCCCCUCUCAUUUAGAAGCAGGGCUCAUCCUGUCCCAUCAUCUCCCCCACCCCUGCUCCCCAGGUCAGGGAGCCUCCCUGCCGCAGGCCUGGAAGGUCUCCGGUAUGCCCCAGGCAGGCGGUCCCGGCACAUGCCUGGCCGGCCCCACAGCCGCCGCUCUGCAGCCUUGUCAGCCCCAACUCCCGGGACCUUACCUGCCCCCCCUGCCCCCACACCAGGACACGGCCCUCUGAGCUGUUGCUGGCCCAGCACGUGGGAGCAGACGGGCUGGAGGACCAGGAGCCGGGGGGCGGGGCUGUGCAGCUGCAUGGGCGCCUACUGGCCAUACGCGGCUUGUGUCUGGCGAUGGCCAGGCCUCCCAUGGACGACUCUCCUCCCAUAGACAGAGCGCGUGAGGCAGUGGGAGACCCGCCUGCUCCAGGACAUUGAGGAGGCCACCCAGCAUGAGCUCACCAUCGAGGACGACUGAACCCGGUGUUGGGCCAGGAAGCGCUGUGCUCUGGGGCUCCCAUGGCCACCCCUCCAUCCCCCUGUCUGCACACCCCAUCUCAGGGCUCCCCGGGCCUCACCCUGACUGCUUCCCUCUCUGCCAAUGGAGGGAGCGGGUGUGGACAGCACAGGGGCUUCCCACCCCCCGGGGCUUCCUCAGGGCCACCCAGGGAGCAGGAAGACAGUGUGCACGCACGUAGGGACCGGGGAGCGUGGCGACCCGCUCGCCCGCACAGGGCUCCACAUGCAUUCUGGGCAAGUCAGACUCCGUGACACUCUCCGGGAGGCAGUUCUGGUGGUUCAGGCACUGGUGUCAUGGGGGUGGGGACAGUUUAACUGCCUGCAGAAGCGCGGGGGCGUCUCUGCCCCAUCCCGGUGCAGAGCUGGGGUCCCACCAAACAGAUGCAGGGGUGCACACCCUCGUGCUGUGGGGAUGAGGGAGUGGAUGCCUGCGGCCCUUCAGCUAACACAGAAAACCGCAGGGACCUCCCCGUCCAGACCGCCUCCUGCGCAUUUUUGUGUGACACCUCAUGGUUAUAAAUACAGAGCCCAAUCUAAUGAAUGUGUUCAUCCCCA